AUGGUGAAACCGCGAACGGCUCAUUAUAACAGCUAUAAUGUACUUGAUGUUGAAUUAUCUAACGUGGAUAACUGUGGCAAUUCUAGAGCUAAUACAUGCACCAAAGCUCAAACUAAAAGGAUGA